AUGGGCAACCCGGCCGCAGAUAAGAGAUGGAGGCCAUAUCGGAAAAGGAUGCGAGAAUCAAGGAGCUUAGCCAGCGUGCAGAGGGCUUAUCGGCAGAGUUGUCUUGCUCUAAUACCGAGGUACGAUCUCUUGAGGACCGGACUCUUAAGAGAGAGCUCAGCCAGGCAAGCGAAGAAGCGCUCGAGGAUCUGUGGGGAUCACAAGAACAAUACAGUCAAGAGAUGGAGGCCAUCAUUGAGGAAAAGGAUGCGAAAAUCAAGGAGCUUAGCCAGCGUGCAGAGGACUUAUCGGCGGUGUCUUGCUUUAACACCGAGCUAUGAUCUAUCAAGGACCGGACCCUCCAGAGAGCUGCCAUCCCAAGAGGAAGCUACCAAUUUCAUCAGACUGGCCGAUGUAAGCACCAAUGUCCCUUCGGCGACAUACUGCAUCCACAUUGUUUCAUACAAGUGCCGUAGCUGGGCAGUUGCUUUAUUUAGCACACUCAGACAAUAUUACCAUCUUGGCCUCGGCCUGUGA